AUGAAACUAGCUAUUAUCACUUUGUCUAACUUUGCGUUGUCGUACGCCUGGCAGUGGAACGAAGGGCCAUUCCAGAACCGACUUGUGGGCUCCUCGUUUGGUAUCCCCAACCAAGACGCCACGUACGAUUAUGUUGUCAUUGGUGGCGGGACGGCUGGCAGUGCCAUCGCAGCUCGUCUAGCGGAAGAUGGCACCGCAUCCGUCGCCCUCAUCGAGGCCGGCGGAUUUCCUUGGGAGGACCUUGGAAACCAGACCGAAGUCCCAGGUUACACAUGGCGAUUCGAAGCGUUUGCUAACCUUAGCGACACAAACCCCACCGUGGACUGGGAUCUUGAGACGGCGCCUCAGCAAAAUCUUGGCGGACGGUCUAUCCAUUAUACAGCGGCCAAAACAUUCGGUGGCGGGUCUAGUCUUAACGACAUGGGAUAUCACAGGGUCACGAAAGGCACAAUGAAUCUAUGGGCUGAUUUGGUGGGAGAUGAUAGCUACACAUGGUCAAAGUUUCUCCCUUUCUACAAGAAGAGCACUACGUAUACACCUAUAGACAGCGUGCCGGAUGAGAGCGUUAAUUUUGAUUACCACAAGCCGGGACCCUUGCAGGUGUCGUACCCUCCGCAUCGUCAGCCGACUAAUCCUUUUCUAUCAAGAGCCUUUGAGAAACUCGGCUUUGGGAAGAUGCUGGGCAAUAACGGCGGCCUGCUCAACGGCUACGCAUACUGGACGUAUUACCAAGACCCAGAGGCCCAUACCCGUAGCUCGGCCGCCACAGCGUACCUCGGACAGGCUUUAAAGCACAACCACGGCCAGGGGCUUCACCUAUACCCUCGUACGCAGGCUCAGAAAAUCGUGAUCGAGGGAGGCAAAACUCGUGCUGUCAUUGCUCAGACAGCGGGAUCCAACUACACUAUCACGGCCAGUAGAGAAAUCAUUCUAUCUGCCGGAUUUAUACAUUCCCCUCAGAUUCUCAUGCUGUCUGGUAUUGGUCCAGCAUCAACUCUGCGGAAACAGGGCAUUGAGGUUGUUGUAGAUCUUCCCGGCGUUGGCAGCAACUGGCAGGACCAGCCUUACGUGUUUACCCUCCUCGAGACCGAUGCCGAAACCGAUUCUGCUAUAAUUACAGAUCCCGCGCGUCUGGAGAGAGCUCGUAGGCAAUACAUCGAGUCCCGAUCCGGCCCUUUAACCAGCCCAGGCUUUGACCUUGUUGGCUGGGAGAAGUUUCCCCCUUCGUACCGCUCUCGACUCAGCCCGCAAGCACUUGCCCUGCUCGACUCCUUUCCGUCCGAUUGGCCCGACGUCGAGUUCAUUGGUGCCGGUCUGGCGGCUGGCAACCCGGCAGAUCCGACGAACAACCGUCUUUUCGCUCUCGUGGCGGGCCUGCUGGUGCACGACUCCGUCGGAAACAUAAGCCUCACAAGCGGGGACAUCCGUGACCCUCCGGUGCUGAACAUGAAUCUUCUCACCACAACGACCGACAGGGAACUGGCGGUGGCAGCCGUUCGGCGCGUUCUACAGUUGGCAGACUCUACUGGCAUCGUGACCAACAAGCUUAACCCCACGGAUGCUCUCAUCGGAUCCGAUAUCCAGCUUCUCGAGUGGAUCAACGAAAAUGUCGUGUUCGGGUACCAUGGAAGCUCUACUUGUAAAAUGGGAAAACAAGGUGAUCGCUCAGCUGUGGUAGACAGUAAGGCUCGAGUGUAUGGCCUCGAAGGCCUCCGUGUUGUCGAUGCUAGUGUUCUGCCGUUUUGUGUACCGGGGCAUCCGAGUGCCACUAUAUUUGCUUUGGCCGAAAAGAUUGCGCGCGAUAUCCAUUGCUCGUACCAGAUAUGCUCAGUGACGGGUGGCGGUGAUCAUGAUGAACUAUAA